AUGGGUUGUGUUAGUUAAAAAUAAAGUCCGAUUUAACAGCAAAAUAAAUUUAGAUUCCACAACUCUUCUUUUUCAAAUAUUCAUCAAAAUAAAAAAGUGAAUAUUGAAUCACCUUAUACACCAGAUAAUAAUAAACCUAUUUUAUUGUGUAGAUCGAUUGAUAUAACAAAAGAUGAAGAAUUUAUUUUAAAAAGAGAUAAGAAAUUUAUUGUUUCAAAUAAUGAAUCGCCUACUACAACACCAAAAUUUAAUUAAUCAAAUUCAGUGUCUGUUGGACAAAGAAAAAAUAUCAAAUUGAUGUGA